AGUGUCGGCUUCCCCACGUCGUUUUGAACGACCUUGGUAGCCUGCAUCAGUUGUGCGCUGUACCGUGCCGCGAUUUCAUAGCAUUAAAAUUGGUGUGAUUUAUGAUUUGCUCUGUGGCCUUUGCAACGCCGAAAAAGCACGCGGAAAUGCCUACUGCUGUGAAGACCGUAUUUUGCUGUGACAACGUAGACGAAGAGACUUUUCGCACGGAGAUAUAUCCGAGAGUACGUUUGUGCAUUCGGAAUCGACCCAACGGUCCGUACAAAAGGGAGCCAGCAGUCUUGCGAGGAGUGCCUGUUGGUCGUUGCACGUUGCUGUGGGACAAGGACUAUUUGUGCACUCGAGGGGGCAAGCGUGAUGUCAAGGUGCACGUAUCACGAGACAGGCACAUGGACUUUAUAAGCAAGAACUUUCUGUACAGAACACUCCCAUUUUGCGAGCUCGUGCAGCGAGCGUCUGGUUCCAAGAACACUAACUUCUUCAUAAGUGAGACAGAGCUUUAUUACUUAAGAACACUUGGGACUGACUCCAGAAAAGAGCCUGCCAACAUUGCUACACAGUUUCCAGAGCUUGCUGAAGAUGUCACCUUGCCGAAGCUUUUUCCCAAUGAAGCAUUUUUCUCCAGUGUUCUUCGAAUUGCAUCCCCACAGCUUUGCUUGUGGACUCAUUAUGAUGUAAUGGACAAUUUUCUAAUUCAAGUUAAAGGCAAAAAGAAGGCUGUGCUGUUUCACCCAAAUGACUUUGAGUAUCUUUACAUACAAGGUGACAAAUCUCGUGUUUUGGAUGUAGAAUGUCCAGACUUAGAAAAAUUUCCUAAGUUUCAAAAAGCUACACGCUAUGAAGCUACACUGAAUUCUGGUGACAUACUAUUCAUACCAGCAUUGUGGUUUCACAACAUGACAGCUCUGGAUUUUGGAAUUGCUGUUAACGUAUUCUGGAGGAACCUGGAUGCAAGUUUGUACGACAAGAAUGAUCCCUAUGGGAACAAGGACCUGGUUCCUGCUGCCAAAGCCCUCGCUUCGGUGGAAAGAGCCGUGAAAGGGCUGCAACUGCUUCCAUUUGAUUGCCAGCAGUUCUACGCACUGAAAAUGAUUUCACAAAUUAAAGAAACCUUUCAUUUAACUUAAUGUGACAAUUUCAGCAAAUGGAGGGAAUAAAUGAUGUCUCGCAUGCA